AUGAGAAGUAUUACUGCUACAGAUGCCCAAGAAGUCUCACCGCUGUUGUCGGUGAUGACUGGUGUGACCUUUGAUGUUGAUUAUCCGGGUGAGGAGAUCUGCGACUCGCUCAUCAGCGUGCGCCCUGUUGUUGACCGCCGAUCUGAAGCUCCUCGUGGCGUUCCACCUGCGAUGCCCAACUGCGUGAGACUAGGCCUUGCUUACCACGACAAGGUUUCGCCGAAGUUCUUGUUGGCAGUCGCCCUGCAGACAGUAGACCAGCUGCUGGACAACGAAGGUACGUUGUUCAGCCGCGAUCAGAUCCAGCUGCUGAGCCGAGAAGAGCGUCCCACCGUGCGCCUGGACCUCGAAGGUGCGGACGAGUACGAUGACGCUAAAACGGCUGCUGAUGAUCCUGAGCGAGUCAAAAUGGCUCAAGGUGUCUUCUUGGAUUUAUUUAGACAUGGUCGGAUGGGUGGUGAAUUAAAAAGUAGCGAAGACGAACACCUAGAUGUGUUGGCCGUGUUGGAGAAAGCGGUGGCGACGAUGUCUGAGUUCCGUGAGGCGCUAGUUAAGGUCUACAGCGCAUAUGAGCCCUCGGGCGACUAUGUCUCGGGUGUCUGGAAGGGCAUCUGUCGCCCGAUGCUGAUGCUCGACUUUGAGAUACCACAGGUAAUAGUUUGGUCUCCCGGUCGUGGGAAGGUAUGCCCGCGUUGCGCUCCCGGACCACUAGUGAGCCUCCCGGCCGCGCCGAGCAGUUUGAUGGACACCAUAAAUUUGCGUAAGUGCGAGACGCUAUGCAACAGUCCUGACAAGUUCGUUCCGGACAACCACCGCAUCCCGGUCAACGAGUGGAUCGUACAUGACUUUGACAAGGUGUACACGAUGGACGGGGAAUGGCCCGUGUGGGAGGUGGUGAAUGGCGCGUGGGGAGCUCAUGCAGAUCGUAUGUCCAAGGCCGUGCAGGACGAAGCCGACAAGCAAGGCGUCAUGUGCACGACAUUCCCCUGGCAAUGCACCUGGAGACCGUUGACGCCCAGCGGGCGGCGACCGGAUGUAUUCCUCGAGCUCAGCCAGAAAGACGCAGCCGCCAUCGUCCAGGCCGAGAUGGACGACCACAUCAAGUACUGGCGGGUGGUUAACCUUGGCGACUUGGUCAAGUCCUACCGCUUACUUCCGGAACUCGUCCAAGAUCUAGAGAGACAAGCGAAACAUCUCGUCAUGGAUGCCAGAUGCGUUGCAACAAUAACCGGGCACGCCGAACGUCUUGCACCGGACGCACCCCGAGACCCCACGAAAUAUCACAAGCCCAGCAACGACGGCUGGUACAUCGGCAGUUACGCACAAGCCCACGUGGUACUCGAGUACAAUAAAGACGGCACAGCCUCCGAGAUGCGCUUUGCCACGGUCCCCACGUGUCUCAACGCCGAAAGCGAAGCCGAAGCCGAGCGCAAAGAGAGAGAUUUCUGGGCCCAAGUACGUAGGGAUGCAGCCUGCCGGGACGAGAUCGGCUUCGUGCAUUAG